AAUAUCAAGACACAAUAUGACGUCUUCGUUUGUCAUGUUCGAGUGUCACAAUCACUGCAAUGACAAACUCGAAUGUGUUGCAUUCAACUACAGAACAACAAAAGAUGUUGAAAAUUGCCAACUGACAAACGUUACUAGAAAGAAAGAAGAAACGAAAACGGGAGAUUGGAUGUUGAUGCAAGAUGUUGAAGCGACAAAGAAUGAGGUUGAAAAACAAAAGCUUACCAGGAAAUCAGGUUUCAACUGCGAUGAUUUGUAUAAAAAGGGAAAUAACCAAAGUGGAAUUUAUGAAAUUGACCCUGACGGAAAGGAAAGUUUCAAAGUGUUUUGUGAUAUGACAACAUCAGGUGGAGGAUGGACUGUAUUUCAACGUCGUCUUGAUGGAAGUGUUGACUUCCACCGAGGAUGGCAAGAUUACAAACAAGGUUUUGGUAGCUUGAGCGGAGAAUAUUGGCUUGGUUUUGACAAAAUACACAGGAUGACAAAUAUUUCACAAAAUGAACUUCGUAUCGACAUGGAAGAUACAUCUGGGAACACCAGAUACGCUCAUUAUGAUUCAUUUAAUGUCAGCAGCGAAAGUGAGAAAUACAAGUUGGAUGUUGGAGGUUAUCAUGGUACAGCAGGAGACUCGUUAAAAAAGCAAAACGGUAUGGCUUUCACCACCAAGGAUUCUGACAAUGAUGUUAAGGGAUACAACUGUGCAGCGCGUUACAAAGGAGCCUGGUGGUAUCGUGGUUGUCAUGAUUCCAAUUUGAAUGGUUUGUAUCAUUAUGGCGCAGACACAUCGUUCGCUGUUGGAGUCAACUGGUACCAUUGGAAAGGUUAUUAUUAUUCUCUGAAAUCAACAUCGAUGAAGAUACGACCACGUGAAAUUAGAAAGAAGAAAUAA